AACCCCCACCAUGGCCGACGCCACGGUCGUCUCUAGCAAGCUCGCGAUGUCCAAGGCUCUCGGCGCGGCCUUUCUCAACCACCAGGUCGAGCAGCUCGAGAAGACGGUCCACUCCGGCGGCAAUUGGCGCGAGCGCCGCAGUCCCGACAACUGGAGAGCCGGAGAGGCGAAGAAGGGCUUCAGGGGCCCAAAGAUCAUCCAGAGACGCGGGGACGAAAGUGCUGAAGAAAAGAAGAGGUAUACGGAGGGCCCGAAGGCGGAGAGGGAGUACGAGAGGAGGGAGAGGCGCAGCGAGGACGGCAAGGGGCAGAAGGAUGCCGAUAUCGUUGUUGUGGACGCAAGCGUCCUCGUCCAUGGGUUGUAUCAUCUCAAGAAGUGGUGCAGGGAGGGAAGGGAGGAGAUUGUCAUAGUGCCGCUUGAAGCACUCAACACCCUAGACCUCCUGAAGAAGGGAACCAGUGCGCUCGCACAGCGCGCCCGUGCCGCGUCUCGUAUCCUCGAGGCCCAGGUCGGUACUAACCCUCGCAUCCGCGUCCAGCGCGACGAUGCGUUCGUCCUCUGGGACGAAAUCCCCUUCGACGAACAGAUGGCCGGCGUGUGGAGCACCGCGCCCGAAUGGGUCCGCCGUACGAUCUGCUGCGCCCGCUGGGAGUCCGAGCACGCAGCCGAAGAGCUGCAAGAUAAGGCUGAGAAGGCUCCCAAGCCCCGUGUCGUCCUCGCCUCGGUUUCACCCCCCGCCGAAGCCCAGCUCGAGGCCGCUAUCCCCGCUCCCGUCUCUAUCUCACCCGUGCCGCUUCCCGCCCCUCAGCCUAACAGGUACGAGUCCCGCAUCUCCGGAGCUCUCGCCGCACGCUGGGCCGCCAAGGCAGGAGUCGAAGUAAUCGAACUUACCUCCGCGCCUCCCCACCCUCACCCCGGCGCUGGGACCGCGAACGGCCCCACUGAAGCCCCGAAUAAAGUUCGGCGCUCUGCUGACGGCGGUGGAGGCAGGCGUUCCGGAGAAGAGGAGCGCGCAAAACGUACCCCGGCCGGCCGCGGUCGCCGCAACUCGCGCGGCGGCGCGCCUGCUGGGCCUCGCGCCACCCCCAACGCCCCGGCAUCGGCGGCGACGGCGAGCACAGGUCUGGUGGAACGCCCGCAAGCGGUGAUGACGAUGAUGGAAAUGGUGACGCAGCCGAACCGCGUCGUGCGCGUGCUCGCGCGGGGUGAGAAGCUCGACCCGUAGGCCGUGCGCCCCUCCAUCUCGUACACACAACCAUAACCGAUGACGAAGGCGUCUCUCGAUUGAAGCCUGCCUGACAGCAAACUCCCCUUAGAGGAAUCCCUCGUUCCGAUUACGCCGGGCCCAGCUGCUGGGCGCAUGCGUGUGCUCGAGGGCGCGCGCGUGCACAGGCAUCGGCCUUCCCUGCUUCCGUGGUUGCUCUCGCGUGGCCCCCACGAGGUUGGAUUGGCCAGUUGUAGACCGGAUAUGAAUCGACCAUGAGACCCGGCGGUGUGGUGUUUCGUUUCCCGCGGCGCGUUUGUGGUACUCAGACUUCCCGGCAGAGCGAGGUAGACGGGAGACGAAAGCUAGGGGUAUGCAGUGCGGAUUUCCUCGUUCUCGUCUUGGCGUGGCACCAAGUUCCGAAACGGAUACUUUCUCCCGGCGUCGUGUGUCUGCAGCUCGACGUGUUCGUUUGCCUCAUGUCGCUUGUUACUGGCGCCCGGUCCCCGUCUCUUUAUUUCGACUCCUCCGUAUGCGAAUCCUCUUUCUGUUUAGUAUGAAACGUUGUUCGGGAUCUGAUAUUUGUAUCUUCCGUAUCUUCGGCUCUUGUAUCUAGCAUGUCAAACUUGGGUUCGUGUUAUUGAUUCACC